CAGAGGCCUCGGAAGAAAACAAAUAACGGCAAAUAAGCUGUGGGAUUCUUAUUAAAAAUAAAAACCCGAUAUCCCAUAAUGCUUUGCGUUUCCUCCGCUAUCUCGCGCCUUUCCAUCUUGUUCCUCUCGAGAGCUCAGCGCCGUAGUUGUUGUUGUGGUAUGUAAUAAUGGCGGCAUCAGGAGGCGGAUUACCAGCCUCGGUUGCUGCAGCGGCCACAAACACCUCCGCGGCCGUUCGCUGUCGUUUCCCGGGUCGACCAUGGAUGUCUCGGAGCCUGGUAAAGACGGAGAAACGUUCUCAUGUCGGUCGGGAGAGGGUUGAAGAUAGGAAAGGGCCAAGGCCUGUCGACGUUGAAGCUACGCUCAGUGAGGAUCCGUCACUGUCUCGGCUGCUUUUGCUGGCGGAGAAGCACAAGCGGAAGAACGAGGCGGGAUUCUGUACGAGCGGGAGCGAUGAGGAUGGAGACUUUACUGGCUUUAAAGUGGACAACCGAUGGUCCUCACAUUCUGGCAAAGGUUCAUCAGGGAGUACCCAUAAACCGGGAUCCUCACAGGUGAAGCCUGUUAAAGCACCAGCAGAAGUAAAAGCUCCAGAAAAAUCAUCUGACAAACCCAUGAGGAGUAACAGAAAUGUUUCCAAAACUGACCAAACAUUCAAGAGGCCCAAAAUGGUUAUAAAAAUUACAGCAAAAAAGUUGACCAAGAAAGAAACGGAUCAACAUGUGAGUCAAGGCAGCUCAAGGAAGUCAAACGACAGAAUACUCAGGAGCAAGCAGGAUGCAAAAUCUGUGUCCUCACAUGAAGCAGAUAAUAAAAUUGGAGCGACGGAAGAGGAGAACAUUACCGUAACGUUACAAAGUCAAAGCUCUGGUGAAACAGAAAGACGGAGAAGGCGAAGGCGAAGGCGGGGCAAGGUAGUGUGGACUACAGCGUUGGUAAAGAGAAAACAGAGAGCUUCUCGACUACGAUCCAUCAAAGCCCAAAGCUCUCUGGCAGAAAAUGCAGAGACACUUGAAGUUAACCACAGGAGGAGGAGAAAGGAGAUUGGUGCUAGUGGACAAGAAGGUACUGUAUCUCCAAAAGAAGUUAAAAAAAAGAAGAGGAUCCCAAAGGGCGGCUCUCUAGAAUCAGGUAGUAUACAGCAACAAAAAAUACAUGAUAGUCAAGGACAGGACUCAAUCAUGCAUAGAAAGAGACGGCGACUUGGCCACAAAAACUUGGACUCUACAUGCCAUACAUUGCAACCGAUAGAGGAACAGAAACAGCCAAUUGAAGAGAUUGAGAAAUCCGCUUUGGCAGUCCAGACAGAACUAAUGAAUAUCUCUGCCAAACCAGUUGUUACUGCUCGUUCUUCCCGGGUCAUCAGGCUUCCAAAAAGGUUCAUGGAUGACGAAAGCAUGUCUGCACUCCCAGACAGAGGAUCCCCAAAGAAAACAGCGCUGUCUGAAAUCCCAAUGGAAACUGGCAAACUAAAUAUAGAGAUUUCCCAAUCCCAUGAUUCUACAGUCAAGCAGAAGACAUUGGAAGAGCCGCAGAUCUUGAAGAAUGCUGAGAUGAGUAUUUUGAAAGAGUUGAAAUCUCAGCGAGGCAGACCUGUUUUGAGUUCCGCGAGGGUCGAUGGUGGUCGUCGUGGGAGGGGUGGGAGAAUUAGCCAAUCCAACGACUACAAGAUAUACUGGAAGUUAAAGAAGCUCAAUGCAAGCCUGGCGCGACGAAAGAUGCAGCGCAUCGCCAGUGCUAGUAACAGACUAGACGGCGAAGAUGCUGUGAAGUUGGAGACCCACGAUACAGAAAAAACUAUGGAAACAGGAAGGAGAAAAAUUCAGGACAUGUGUUCUCCAGGGUUGGUGCCAAAAGUAGUCAUACGUAUUGGAGUACGUUCUGAUCAGUCUCCGCUAUCAACUUUGGCCGAGGGGUGUGAUCCAGCUAAAGAGAAUGUUGAGGCUGGCAAUCUUGAAGGCACCAAUGAACAGAUGGUAGCUGGUGGACAUAACGCCCAGAUGAUGGUGGGGCCCAGUGGUACCACCCACAGAAUUAAUCUUUCGGGUGCAAAUAAGAGGAUGUUCCACCUGCUGAAGAGAGCCAAAGUCCAACUGAUUAAAAUCGACCAGCAGAAACAGCUGAAAACUGCUCAGCUUCUGUCCAGCUCUGCCAGAGUAAGAGAAGGAUUGGUAGCGGGCAGGGGGAGAGGCAGGGGCAGGGGGAAAGGCAGGGGGAGAGGCAGAAGGAAGCACAUAGUCACAGACGACGCAGAAGAGGCUCUACAGGAGAAUUUGAUCGGGGGUCCUCGUAUAAAGCAUGUAUGUCGCGCAGCGGCGGUGGCACUGGGGCAGCCCCGUGCCAUGGUUCCAGAUGACAUUCCCAGACUUAGCGCUCUUCCGCUGCAUGAGAGAGAGGGGAUCACCUGCUCACCUGCUGAAGAGGAUGUUGCAUCUCACUCAGAACCUGAGAGUGAAGAAUCUGUUGAUCAGAAGCCAUUGUUCAGGCGUAAAUAUGAAAGCAUGGGUUUUAGCAGGCGAUUAACUCGCUGCUUCCACUGCAAGGGCUGUACUCAACUUGAGGACUGUGGGAAGUGUGUGUUCUGUCUGGACAAGCCCAAAUUUGGAGGACCCAACAAGAAACGGCAGAGCUGUGUGUUGAAGAAGUGCACACGGAUCGAGAAAAACAAAACGAGGCGAUUUAACAAAGUCCAGAUGAGGCGACAUCGGCCAGCAGCGGCCGCUGGCACGUACAGCAGCGACGAAGAAAACGAGAAGGAGGGUGGAGAUGAAGGACAGACAUUUAGCCCAACCAGGAGGCAGCCAAGACGACAGGUCACGCCAAUGUCCUACAGAAAACUGCUGGACUAUUACUCCUCCGACACAGAGAGUGUCAGUUCUGAAAAGACAAAGACCAGCGUGACCCAAAAGACUCCAUCCAGUGAAGUGGCUGCCCCUGUAAUGGCCCCAGAAGAAGCGGCAAAACAGAGAAAGCAGGGAGUUUACAGGGCUUUCUGGGCCCAAAGCAAAACAGAUAAGAGCUCAGCGGAACAAGUGUCAUCCAGUGUUUUGACUCCACUUGCAAACGGCUUCACCCAAAGAGGCGUGAAGUGUCCACAGAGGACGUCCAACAAGAUUCGCGUGGACUUCAAGGAAGAUUGUAACAUCCAGAAUGUCUGGUUGAUGGGUGGAUUGAGUAUUCUCACUUCAGUUCCCAUCAUGCCUCAGUCUGUGUGUCUGCUCUGUGCCAGCAAGGGCGAACACGAUAUGAUUUACUGUCAGAUGUGCUGUGAGCCUUUUCACCAUUUCUGUCUGCCUCCGGACGAUCGGCCGAAGGAGGAGAACAAAGAGAACUGGUGCUGCAGACGCUGCAAGUUCUGCCACGUUUGUGGCCGCAAGAGCAGGCAGGCAAAGCCGGUUUUGCAGUGCCAGAAAUGCAUGAACUGCUACCACCCAGCCUGCUUAGGACCCACCUAUCCCAAACCUCCUAAAUUGAACAUGUCGUGGAUUUGCAUGCUGUGCAUUCGGUGUAAGAGCUGUGGUGUGACGCCAGGCAAAUCCUCAGAUACGCCCUGGAACUACGAACUGGACAUUUGCCCCAACUGUACCAAACUUCACAGCAAAGGUAACUUCUGCACUGUGUGUCUGAAGUGCUAUGAAGAGUUUGACAGCAGCAUGAUGCAGUGUGCCCGGUGUGCCCACUGGGUCCAUCCCAGGUGUGAGGGGCUCACAGACGAUCUCUACGAGAUCUUGGGUCGUCUACGGGGUAAGAGCCUUGUGUUCUCCUGCGCCGCCUGCAGUAAGACAUUCCGCAGCGGUUGGCAGGAAGUGGUUCAGGAAGCUUUGAAGAACGGCCUGCAGAAGAUCAUGAAUGGGUUGAGGAACUGUCCGUCCACCCACCUCCUCUUUGUUUGUUCGCAGUGCAAGGCUUGUCCAGAUUUGGUGAUUGCGAAGGAACAGUCUGUCUGUUGUCUGCAUGUUGUGGAGCAGAAGUUAAAGAAGGACCUGUACGCCUCUCUGAAAGCAUUUCAUGAGGAUGUGGUGACCGUCAUAGCGGAUAGACUAAAAAAAGAGGAAUCUUAUCCAGAUGAUCUCAAGCUCACCAGCCAAGCCAAGAUAAACUAUAUAAAGGUAGUACAACAAGUAUUUAGCUGGUUCAGGUGUCAGGACCCUAAAACAUGGAAUAUGCAAGAAUUACCAAGUGGUAUGCUCCCCGAGGCAGUUCUUCCCCCAAGUGAUGAACACAGUUAUGCACAAUGGCUCAAAAACCAGGACCGUACCUUUAAAAGGCGCGAAGUGGACCAAGAAAACCCCACAUCAAAAUUACAUGAUCUACACAACACAAACCCUCCAUCAUUUGUGGACGAAAGGCAGUGCUCUCUCUGCCCGCAGCUUGGAGAUGCCAAACCAAAUGAUGCUGGUAGGCUGCUGUACAUUGGACAGAAUGAAUGGGCUCACGUGAACUGCUGCGUGUGGUCGGCUGAAGUGAGGGAUGUCAAAGGGGCUUUGCUGCAUGUUCACAGUGCCGUCACCAGGGGCCGUUUCAUGCGCUGUGAGCGAUGUGGCCAGAAUGGGGCAACAGUGGGAUGCUGUCUUAGCUCGUGUCAGAGUAACUACCACUUCAUGUGUGCUCGUGCCAGCAACUGUGUCUUUCAGACCGACAAGAACGUCUACUGUUACAAACACAGUGACCUCAUCAGUAACAAGAUCGAGCAAGGAAAUAGCUUUGAAGUUCUCAGGAGGGUGUAUGUGGAUUUUGAUGGAAUCAAUCUGCGAAGGAAGUUUUUAACAGGCUUGGACCCAGAAUCGAUAAAUGUGAUGAUUGGAUCUCUACACGUUCAGAAACUUGGUGUUCUGACAGAGCUGUCUGCAAAUUCAGGAAAAUUGUAUCCAGUUGGUUACCAAUGUUCUAGAUGGUAUUGGAGCACCGUCGACCCUCGAAGGCGAUGCCUGUACACUUGUAAAAUCACAGAGAUGCAUCCAUCGUCACGGUGCAUAGCUUCUCACUGCACGCUGGAUCAGGGAGAAAAUCAUACUAUUGUGCACAGCCCAAAAGCACAAAGUGAUGAGAACACCACAGACAGUGAGCAUUGUUCACCUGGGCUGUCCCCCACAACCAAACAAGACUUAGGGGCAGGAGCUAAGAUGUCACAUAGCAGGAGACCAGCAGGAGGAAUGUUCAGACCUUUGCCUUCUCCAGGAAAUGCCAUUUCAACACCCCAUCAUAUUUUGACCAUCAGUGACUUCGACGAGACACGACGGUCAACGAGGAGGCACUCCACACGCAGUCGAAAUGCCUCGCCUCCCCCUGCGGUCCUGCCCGGCCCGAUGACUCUGCGAUCAGGGGGCGCACUUCACCCUCGGUCGCUGUCGUUUAGCCCCCCCGCCUCACCUGUUGGUGCAACCGAGAACCUCAUUAGCUCCACCUCACCUCGACGAAGAGGGAGGCCUCCCUCAUCUCCCUCUAACUCCACCUCAGGGCCCUCACCGCCACGAGCGGCUCUCCAAAGUCCUUCCGCUCGGUCUGCCCGCCUCUCGCCACGACAUCAAGCGCCUUUUAAAAUCACACCACCUGAAGAUGCAGGACCAUCCAUUAUGGAUGCCACAUCAUCAUCUCAAGAACUGAUUUCAGACGCAGAUGUUGCUGUGGCUUCUGUGCUGAAUGCAAAACUAGAAUUUGAUGAGGCUUUGCUUAAUGAGAAUGUGGCUCUGCACUGUGACACUCAAGGUGGUGAGAACGAUGCUGAAGAUGUUUCCAAAUACAGCGCAGACGUGAAGGGCACGUCGUGUCCUGCGACUGCAGAUGUGCAGAUGGGUGUAGACUCGGUCGACGAGGAUGCUGACCAUUAUAUAAACUUCUCUCGCACUGUAGUGGUCCGCGAGGCCGCCAAAGACUCUUCACAAGUAGGACAUAAUGUCUAUCCUAACUCAGGGUCCAUCUCACAGCUGGACGGAGCUGAUAAUGAUUCUGAGAGCGACACAAGCGAAGCCAACGCAGAGGGCGAUACUCAGGAAGUAGGGAAUAGUUUUCAUAGUCAGGAAUCUGAGCCAUUGAAGCAUCCAAACACGGGCAGAUCCCUUGGCAACAGGCAGCUAGUUUGCACAAUAUCAUCUGAUGAGAAUCAACUCCCUGGAGAUUCCGUUGAUCAGAACGCUGGGUCCAAGACCUGUGAAGAACAGGAAAUAACAUCUUUACAGGAGAACUUGAUUGUUGUCUCUAGCCAACAUGAAACAUCUGGAACCGGAGGGCUAGAAGAUCAAGAAUUGUCUUUGACACAUAUCGUUACAACUGGAGAGGAAGUCUUGUUGGAUAGUGAAUCGACGGAGGACUCAAAAGAGGCGUUUCUCGAUGACACCAGUGGAAAUUUUAUAUCAGCUGAUGGCAGAAUUUUGGAAGUGAAGGAAAAUUCUGCUUCUCCUGGAGAAGUGUGCGAUUCCUCAUCUGUGAACGAGGGUUUAAAUAAAGCUUCUCUGCCGGCUAUUCCAACCAGUAGUGCUCGAAAUAUUGUGAUCGUCAAGCCGACUACAACGACGCAAAGACGUUACGUUACCGUACAACCCAGGACUCAACUAUUAAAAGCUAUUAAGAUGGACGCAACUCCUUAUUCUGUGCCUGUUAGUGUUGUCUCAACGUCUGCUCCCGUGUCUGUUACUCCGCUUUCCUCUGUAAUAAAUGGCUUUGGACAAGCUCCAAAGGAUGCCGCAAAGACUCGUACCAUUGCCAUACGCAUCGCCAUGCCGAAACCGGUUACGGAACAGUCUCAACCUCAGUGUCUGGGUACACCCACCUCACCUCAGGUCCUGCUGGUGAACCGCGCCGGACAGAUUCUGGUGAAAAACCCGCAGACCAACACGUACCAAAUACACAGCGCCAAUUCCCCCUCGUAUGCCCACAUCAGUCAGAUCGCCAGGAUAAUCCACAGCGGUAAUAUUAUCCAGCGACCCGUUCCUAAGGUUACAGUCAUACCCGUGCCUCAGGACGGUCUCGCCAAAAGUGCGCCGGCACGUAUCAUAUCGUACAGCAGUGGUAAUGGAGCCGCACAAGCAACCCAGGUGUUGAUCCGCAGCUUACCUCAACAUUACAUCGGAAGCCAGUUGCAAAAUAUCAGUCAGCCGAUAGAGAGGACGGACAGGGCAAUGUCUAGAAACGCACGGGAGGGUGGGGAGAAGGAAAUGGCCCAGGCGAUAAUAGACAAGGCGAUGGCAAGUCAUCGAGAAGCGGCAAGUCUUCUGAAUCCUUCUCAAUUCCAAGUGUCUCCCUACCUCAAUGAACAUCUCUCGACGGAGUCAAGUCAACCGUCUCCGUCUCAUCUGCGGAGUCCGCCGAACAUCUUGGCCAACUCUAGACCUCAGGUCAAGGUUAAGAGAGUGUCGUCGGUGACCGAACGAAUUGGUGUGAAGAAAUGCAGGACUGACUUUAUGGACCACACGACCCCUAGUUCGCAAGAAGACUUAAACAGAUCAAACAAGGUUCGAAUGAAGACGCCAAGUGUUAAGGAUGUCCUCGACUUUGACAACCCAGACACUGGAUCUCCCAAACAGCCGCCACAUGAAGAAUCCAAGCUGGUUGAACCAGAGAGGAAGACUCUAGAUGAAGUGGAGCCCACCUUACCACAGGCAAGAGAAACAAAAGACUGUGGCAAAGCUCAAUUGCUGAGCUCCAAACAGGGUGACACUUCUGACUGGGCUCCCUAUGCAGGUUGGAGUUCAGAUGAGGAUUCUCCAUCACCUGGCAAGCAGGACAAAUAUGUCAAUCAAUAUCAGCCUCAACUGCGCUUUCAGAUAACCAGUGAUGAUGGUUUCUACAUAGAAGCGGACAGCAUUGAUGUGGCAUGGAAGGCAGUCAUUGAUGGUGUUCAGGAGGCACGAACAGGCUGUCGGCUGGAGCAGCUGCCGGUUACGAGGGUGAGCGGCGCCAGGGUUCUUGGCAUCCUUCACGACGCCGUUCUUUUCCUGUUGGAGCAGCUGCAUGGUGCAGCCCUCUGCAACCAACACCGCUUCCGAUUCCACCAGCACGACAACAUCGAAGAGGAGCUGCCCAUUAACCCCAGUGGAUGUGCCCGCGCUGAGAUUUACGAACGAAAAUCUACUUUUGAUAUGUUCAAUUUCUUGGCGUCGCAGCAUCGCAAGCUUCCCGAGUCUAGGCCGUGUGAUGAUGAAGAGGAUGAUAUCAUGCUCAAAUCAAGCAGACGGGGUACAAGUACAGAGUUACCCGUGGCGAUGAGGUUCAGACACUUGGAGAGAACCUCUAAAGAAGCUGUAGGAGUUUACAGAUCACCUAUUCAUGGUCGUGGCCUUUUCUGCAAGAGGAACAUUGAGGCUGGAGAGAUGUUGAUCGAGUAUGCGGGUAAUGUCAUCCGCUCGGUUCUCACUGACAAAAGAGAGAAAUACUACGACAGUAAGGGCAUCGGCUGUUACAUGUUUCGCAUUGACGAUUUUGAUGUGGUGGAUGCCACCAUGCACGGAAACGCUGCGCGAUUCAUCAACCACUCCUGCGACCCUAACUGCUACUCAAGGGUCAUUAACGUGGAGGGCCAGAAGCACAUCGUAAUCUUCGCCCUGCGCAAGAUUUACCGCGGAGAGGAGCUCACCUACGACUACAAGUUCCCCAUUGAAGAUCCCAGCAGCAAACUGCACUGUAACUGUGGUGCCCGCCGCUGCAGACGCUUUCUUAACUAGAGUAGAUUACUGUUUCCACCAUCUAGGUGAAGUUCUGGGACGGAUGACUCGUUGUUUUUGAAGGAGGGGACCCAUGUGAUAAGUGCGAGAGAUCAGUGUAUUCUGAAGGAACGUAAGGGAAAAAUUAAGAAAAGUGAUUUUGUUCUGCAGAUGGUGUGUAGCGAUUUAAGACCACCAGCAUGGCUUGAGUGGUUAACCUCGUAUGAGCUGUUUUUAUUUCCUUGAUCAUUUAAACCAUGCUAUUUUAACAUCCGCCUAUAUCCAGUGCUUUAUUCCCAAAUGCAUUUAGCUUCUGGUGGAGAAUCGUUUCCUCAGAACUGCUCACGCUGUUGAGUGUCUUUUGUCUUUAUUCAGCAUGCCUUUCAAUCCUCACUGGUUAUGCAGAACAUCUGAAGAAUGGUUUAAAAGAGCGGAGUGAUAUUGUACAGUAGUUUUAUAUAGUGGAAGAUACCCUGAAGUUUAUAAAAGGGUGCGAUUAUUUUUGCUACUGAUUCAGAGGAGCUCCAGAGAUGGGUCGACCUCAACAGCACCUUAAUAAUCUUUGCUCUGUUUCCCACGAAUUAGCACUGUAUAUAUGAACCAAGGCGUAUGUUUUCGAUGAACAGCUUUUCCACAUGAAGUGGUUUUGUUAACUGUAUAUUUCUCUGUGGGGUUCUUUUAUGAGUGCAAGCAAAUCCAUCACUUACAACAACCUUUUUAGUAGAACAGCCCGACAAGAUUAAAUUCCCUUGACUGUGUUUUAAUUUAAGUUAAAUGUUUGCUUCGAACGCUUAUGAAGAUAACAGCACACCAUUUGUAGUAUUGAAAUUUCGCUUCUUUAUGCAUAGAUGUCUAAUACCUUGGAUGUGAGUAGGACGUACCCCAAUUCCCAGAAUCCGUUGUUUUUAUGUUUUUUAUAUAUUAAGGCCAGUCUUUUGGAGGUGUUUGUUGUAAUGUCUUGCAUACUGCGAUCACUUGUGCGAUCCCCAUCUUUGAUUAACUUUGAAUCAGAAUAACACCGCGUACAAGUAUUAAUGGACAUCUGCUAAAACAUACAAAUGUGGGUGUGGCCUACCGUUGUCUGUUUUUGGGUUGACUACCUCAGUAGCUCAGUACGCCAGUGACAGCUAGUGAAGUACAAACAAUAGCAAGUAUGCUGGGAUAAUCCCACACUAGCUUUGAUUUUAUGCAACGUGGUCUGUUUGUUAAGUUUUUUCGUUUAUCCUGGAAAUUCCCAGAUCCCUUUUUCCUUGUGCUUUUGUACAGAAUUGUGGUUUAUAAUUAUAAAUGAAGACUGAGGCUUGAAUCCGUCACUGGGCGUGAGGGAGCAGAGUUCAUCCAGCUCAGUCUUUGUAUAUAGUUGUGUACAAGAAUUUCUAAAUCUGUAAAAUUUUCUACGCACUUUUUUAUUUAUGAUGUUAUACAGUAAUAAAGAUUAAAAAAUUUCUGAAUUAA